GAAGGACCUAGGCGCCGAGCUCCUUUGGCUGCCUCGGAAGCCAUGGCUACUGCAAUGGGAAGGCUGAUGCUUUGGCGGCCCGGCCGGGGCGGCGGGGCCCGCUGGAGAUUCAUAGCGACAUCGCCAGCUGCCGAGCUGUCACCCACGGAGCUGAUAGAAAUGCGGAAUGAUCUGUUUAAUAAAGAGAAAAGUAGGCAGUUAUCGUUAACUCCCCGAACAGAGAAGAUUGAAGUUAAGCAUGUUGGGAAGACUGAUCCUGGCACCAUCUUCGUGAUGAAUAAAAACAUUUCAACUCCUUACAGUUGUGCUAUGCAUCUGAGUGAGUGGUACUGCAGUAAGUCCAUUCUGGCUCUUGUGGACGGACAACCAUGGGACAUGUAUAAACCUUUGACCAAGUCUUGUGAGAUUAAAUUUCUUACUUUCAAAGACCCUGACCCAACAGAAGUGAAUAAGGCUUAUUGGCGUUCUUGUGCCAUGAUGAUGGGCUGUGUAAUAGAAAGGGCAUUCAAAGAUGACUAUGUGGUCAGCUUGGUCAGAGCACCCGAAGUUCCUGUGAUAGCUGGGGCCUUCUGCUAUGAUGUCACUUUGGAUAAGAGACUGGAUGAGUGGAUGCCUACAAAAGAGAACCUACGUUCUUUCACAAAAGAUGCCCAUACUUUAAUAUAUAGGGACCUUCCCUUUGAAACUCUGGAAGUUGAUGCAAAAGUGGCAUUAGAAAUAUUUCAACAUAACAAGUACAAAGUGGACUUCAUAGAGGAGAAGGCAUCUCAGAAUCCUGAGAGAAUAGUCAAGUUACACAGAAUCGGCGACUUCAUUGACGUGAGUGAAGGCCCUCUUAUUCCCAGAACAAGUGUUUGUUUCCAGUAUGAAGUGUCAGCAGUCCACAAUCUUCAUCCCAGUGAGCCCAGCCUCAUUCGCCGAUUUCAGGGUCUGUCCUUACCCACGCACUUGAGAGCACAGUUUACAAUAUGGAACAAACUAUUGGAAAGAUCACGGAAAAUGGUAACUGAAGAUGAAAUCAGACAGACAGAGGACACCACAUCCACCCAGUAGUGCUCUGAAGUUUAAAUAUGUAUAGUAAAUUAAAAUAAAAGCUUUUAAUACAAUGUA